GCGAGUGAAGGCGUGCAAGUAGCCAUGGCGCAAGAGAGCCAGGCAAUCCGGUGAGAGUCUUUUAACUUUCCGUGUUUUCCUGGCGGGACUCUGCGCUCUUCACGCCACGAGGGAAGCCAGGAAGUGGGCCUGUGCGCAGAGUAUCAGCUCAUCCAACUUACGGAGCUAUUGACCAGAUACCUGCUGAAAGUGCAUUUGAUCUCCCUUCUGAGGCCAUGAGUCAAGUCCCUUCUGCUCCUCCUGUCUAUGAUGUGAACAAUAUUGCUGGAUAUGAAGGCACAACAGAUGGAGAUGGUGGCGGAAGGUAUUUCCCUCCUCCACCUAAUUCAGUUCCAGAUCGUGGAGAUGAGCCACCACCAGCUCUGAGAAAUUGGACCAUUCCUGCCAUUUCAGAAGAUGAAGCGCAAGAAGCUUUGAUCCAGUAUGUUGCAAGCAAAUGUUGCUAUGGCAAAGCACCAGCCAAAGAGAUGAUGUUUCAGGAUCUACAGUCAUUCAAUACCUACAGAUAUCGUCUGGAGACUUUCACUGAAUCAAGGUCCACUGUAUGGAAAACAGAACCAUAUAAUGGUGAAAUAGUAGAUUCCUACCUGUGUGGUGCACCUCCUUUGCCUUGGGAUAUAAUAGUGGACAUUCCCGUCAUGUUCACCGAUCAGAAGAAGAAAAUCAAAGUGCCACACACAUCAUCAGUAAAGGGAUGCCCAUGCUGUGGAUGUUCAGGGAGACGUCCUUGCCAAAAAUGCCGCGGUCUAACUAGGCAACAGUGUUGGGUAUGUCAUGGUAAGGGAUACCGGAUGAACAAUGAGAGGUGCACAGAAUGUCUUGGAACUGGAACUAGCAUGUGUGAUAAGUGUUCUGGUCUGGGAACAACUGCAUGCAGCGACUGUGGAGGAAGAGGACAGUUGCUGUCUUACAUUGAGCUGCAAGUUGUAUGGAAGAAUAAUGUGUUUGAAUACCUGGCAGAUCAAAGAACUGGGUUUCCUACUGAGCUUUUUAAAGAAGUUAGUGGACAGAAGCUGUUUGUCGAUGAGCAGUACAUGGUAUAUCCAGUGACUGGUUUCCCGGAAGGUUCCAUCAAUCAGGCCUCCCGGAAUGCCAUUGAACAACAUAAAACUCAGUUUGGAUCCACUGCUCGGAUAUUGAGGGAGAGGCAAACGAUCGAGCUGUUAUUUCUUACCCGGGUGGAAUAUGAAUGGCAUCGAAAAUCCUACUCCUAUUUCGUGUAUGGAAAUGAGCACAAGGUGUACGCGGAGAAUUACCCUCGAAAGUGUUGCUGCGCUAUCCUAUAGAUCAUUCCAACCCUGCUGGGGACACCUGCUGGGUUGGGUAGGUGCCCUGCCCCCUUGCUUUAAAGAAGUGCAUUGACCUGCAUUAGAAGGAUAACAGAAGAUGAUGUCUUUUAACACUUCCAACAGUGCACAGGUUGCACAGCUUCUAGAUUAUGGAUCAUAUGUAUCGAUUUCUGGGCAAUUGACAUCUAGGGGUGUUUCUGGACAGGGCUCCUAAUGCUAUCAAUUUGAAGGCAGUGCAGAAUAAUUCCAUCUUGGAUUUUUUGCAACAAGACAAAAAGAGGGAAGAAGUAGUGGGAGGGUUACUAGUGGAAGAUGCUGUCAUCGAAUCCCCUGCCCAGUUGCACUGAGACACAGGCAUGGAGCUCGCCUUGAUGCGCCCGCACUUGCUGAUCAGUUGCAGUGCAGAAGACAUUAACUCUGCAGUACAAUCAAUGCCUGUUGCUUUAAGGGCCCUGCAAACCUCUUUAGGUCACUUGCUCAGCAUUUCCAUUCAUUCUGAUUUUGGUGUGAUGCCUGCAGCAUUGUGUAGGAGUAAGACGAGCUGACUCCUUCAUUUUAAUUUUCAUAAAUGGAAAGGUUUUUAGAUUCUAAGGGGAAAAUCUACUUUUUAAAAUAAUAGUUCAGAAAUUCUUGGCCUAAUAGUAACUGAGCUUGUGCAUUGAAGCAUUAAACACGAUCAUUUUUUCUAAUAGCAUGCUGGUUGGUGCCAUGCCAACAAAUAUAGCAGCACAGCAGGAUGAUCUCAAGAGAAAGCUUCUGCAAACACGGAAUACCUGGUAUGCAGGGAAACAUUUUGAGUUGGGGAGAACGUAGGAGGACAAAAGAAAUCACAAAAUUCCUUGAACUGACCCCACUUUCCAGUGCAGUCAAGGUCCUUUAAAUUGUAGGAUGAUCUCAUUCUUAGCUUAAACAAUCCUUUUAGGGAGAAGCUAAUUAGCAUCUGCAGAAAAAUGCUACUGCUGAUCAAAAUUAUGGAUGGAACUGUUUGAGCAGAGCAUUCUUGUCCAUUCCGGAAAUGGAUUGCAGAAUCCAGAGGGGCUUCCAUAAUCCAUUCCUGAGUUUGUGUGGAGUGAGUGAUGCGUUCGUCUCCAUCAAGACUUUGCGGAGUGGAAGUACCUCUCCCUCUUCAUUUCGAACCGGAAACCCGCCAAACAGUUCUCCCUCAGCACCCCAGCCUCUCAGCAUUCACAGUAGAGCAGGAAAGCAGACAGGUGGCUAACAGCAUCCCAGCCCAUUCUUUCUGUGCUGCCCAUCUUGUUUACUGGCUGCCAAUCUUCUUUGCAGUAGCAGAGAAGCAGGCCUGAGUUGGUCCUCUCCCCUGAGCGCGUGGCGUGUUCCACAUGGAGCAAUGUCUCUGUGCGAGGACAACCAGUGGCACUGUUUUCCCUCCCCUUUCUGAGAGGAAAGUACUGUGCAGACUGAGUUUCCGUGAGCAGACUGUGUUUUGGACACUUGUGUUUCGGACACUUAGGGGCACCAGCCAUUCCCAUUAAAGCGAUCUGGCUGCUGCUUUGCUCUGAAAGCAAAUGGUGCUGGAAACACAGAGAUGCAAUCUGACCAGGAAAGGAGCUGUGGCUGGGACUGUUCCUCCGUCAAAGGGCUGAGUGGCCCCUGCUAGAAUUAGUGCUCCUGUAGGGACAGUGCUGAAAGCUUAGAGGCACAAAUUGGAUUGGCUUUGCUGUUGCCUGGAAGAACAUAAUGGGUGGCCUCAUUCGAAUUAGCUGCAGUUGCUAUUAAGCUGGGGUGAUUUGAGUUACAAUAGCUUCUUGCACUGCAGUUUAUAUUGGUUGAAAUUCCACGUGGUUGGUUUCUGCUAGCUGGGAUCUGGUUUUUUCCUCCUGUGGAUGAAUUUGGGACCAUAAAGAGCUACAGGUCCUUUUUUGGUGCCACCUUCCGGUUAUGUAUUUUAAUACACUUGGAGUGGUGCUAUGCACUAGUUUUCCUGCAAAGAAACAAGAGAAACCGACAACGGUUUGGCAGAAGAUACCAAUUUUCACUUGAAGUUUUUGAACUUGGGAUCAUCACUGUGGACUUUUGUUACUAUUUUGCAGCUUCUGUUAUGACUUAAUAGUUUGAAUAAAUACUUUUGCUACA